UAGUGAUACAUUUCAGUGUCUCCUCUCUCUCUCUCUCUCUCUCGCUUUCUGUGCUCUGAUGCUCUGCAAAACCUUAGAAGUCCUCGAAGCCUGAGGAACAUAAUCCUCAGAAUCAUCCACCAUUCGGGGUUCCUAAGGAGAUUAAGAUCAGAGAGGAGAUUUUUGGGAUCUGAAAUCGAGAAUUGGUAGCUGAAGGAUGUCAAAUUUGUGCAGGGAAUUGGUGUUACUGGUCCUCCAAUUCCUUGACGAGGAGAAGUACAGAGGGGCCAUGCAUAAACUUGAGCAAGAAUCAGGGUUCUUUUUCAACAUGAAGUACUUUGAGGAGAAGAUUUGGACUGGAGAAUGGGAAGAAGUUGAAAAGUAUUUAUCAGGAUUUACGAAACUCAAUGACAAUCGAUUUUCACUGAAAAUAAUGUUUGAAAUAUCAAAGCAGAAAUAUCUGGAAGCCCUCGAUCGGAACGAGAAGGUUGGGGCCAUUGACAUCUUAGUCAAUGAUCUCCAGAAGUUUGCUCCUUAUAAUCAAGAACUUUACAAGGAGAUCACACAGCUUUUAACCCUCCGAAACUUUCGGGAAAAUGCACAUCUCACUCAGUAUGGCGACACCAGAUCAGCUCGUCAUAGAAUGGUGGUAGAGCUCAAAAAGCUCAUAAAAGCAAACCCUCUAUUGAAGGAUAAGCUUUAUUUUCCUUCUGUGAGGUCAGCCAGACUGCGGACUCUCAUUAAUCAGAGUCUUAACUGGCAGCACCAGCAAUGCAAGGACCCGGUUCCGAAUCCAGAAAUAAAAACUCUGUUCAUAGAUCAUUACUGUCCACCACCUCGAACUGGUCCUAUUGCUCUAGCAAAUGUCAAUCAGCCAUUUCCUGCAAUUGAAUUUCCUGCUCCUUUUCCCUCAAUGGAAGGAGCUAUUGUUCCGUAUCAGGCCCCUGGAGAAGCAGUUCCAAGCCUAAAGCAGCCAAGAACAGCUCUGGAAACUUCUGGUGGGGUUGAUCCUUCUAGUACUGGUUUUACUGCUAUUGACCGGAUGGCGAAAGAACUGCAACAUGUUCGAUCGAACUUGGAGGGUACCUUUCAAAUUUCUAGACUGCUUCAAACUUCCUGGUUGGUGGAGAACCUACCGAGAAAUGUGGCUUAUAGCAUGCGUCAAGGAUCUACAGUCACAAGCAUGGAUUUUCAUCCUUAUCACCAUGCAUUGCUCCUAGUUGGUGCUAGCAAUGGUGAAAUUAGUCUUUGGGAACUUGGAACUCGGCAGAGGGUGGCUUCGCAGCCAUUCAGAAUAUGGAAUACGGCAGCACGUUCAUCAGAACUUCAGAGCACACUUGCCAAUGAAGACACAUCUAUAUCUGUGAGCCGUGUUACAUGGAGUCCAGAUGGGAACUUUUUUGGAGUUGCAUUUACUAAAAAUUUGAUUCACUUGUAUGCUUUUUCUGGACUUAGUGAUCUAUGCCGGUAUUUGGAGGUUGACGCCCAUGAUGGUGGUGUGAAUGACUUGGCUUUUGAUUAUCGAAACAACGAACUGUGUGUUAUCACAUGUGGAGAUGACAAGCUAAUAAAGGUAUGGGAUAUAGCAGGACGAAACUUAUAUAACUUUGGUGGUCAUGAAGCACCGGUCUAUUCAGUGUGUCCUUAUCGUAACAAGGAUGUUCAGUACAUAUAUUCAACUUCUACUGAUGGGAAGAUAAAGACCUGGAUGUACGACAAUGGGGGUCCUAGAUCUGGCUGUGAUGCUCCUGGCAACUGGUGUACUACAUUGCUUUUCAGUCCGGAUGGUAACCGAAUGUUCUCUUGUGGAACAAAUAAAGAGGGAGACACUUUUCUAGUUCAAUGGAGCGAAAAUGAAGGGAUAAUUAAAGAAGGAGCAAAAAAGAGAAUUUAUUCUGGGUUUGGUAAGAAAUCUGAAGGGGUUGUGCAUUUUGACAUAACGAAAAAUAAUUUUUUGGCUGUGGGGGAAGAUAGCCAGAUCAAGUAUUGGGAUAUGGACCAUGAUGAUUUGCUGACUAGCACGGACGCCCAGGGUGAACUGCCGAGUCGUCCUCGCUUGAGAUUCAACAAGGAAGGUAGUCUUCUUGCUGUCACAACAGCACAUGAGGGAUUCAUGAUACUUGCAAAUGGAAUCGGACGCCUGAGAGUUCAUGGAGUCGCUGCAACUUAUCAUGACAGGUCGAAAGAUCCUACUGAAUCCACUGCAAACAAGGCAUCUGGCUCAUCUUCGGCUGCAAAUGUCAGUGAGGCCAAUAGGAAAUCUGACAGGGGCUCUCCUGCUAGGUCUACAACAUCUCAGAAUGGAGCUAAUACCAAGAGUAGAAGUUCCAAGAAACGGAAAACUGUGGAGGAGGUAAUCAAUAAAUCCAAACCUUGGCAGUUGACUGACAUUCAGGAUCCUGUAAGGUGUCGUUUAGGUGUUAUGCCUGAAACAGAUAGUUCCUGCAAGGUUGUUCGACUCCUAUAUACAAGUAACGGUACUGCCAUCUUGGCACUCGGGUCAAAUGGUGUACAGAGGCUGUGGAGGUGGCCCCGUACUAGAGGUCGAAUUUCAAAGGCCAGCGCCAGUGUUGUUCCGCAGCUGGUGAAAGGGGACAAUGGUCCUGUUAUGGCCAAUGAUGUCUCAGGUGUCAACCUUGAAGAGGUGGUUCCCUGCAUAGCGCUCUCAAAGAAUGACGCGUAUGUAAUGUCAGCUUAUGGUGGAAGGAUCAGAUUAUUCAACAUUUAUAAUUUGGCGGUAAUGAUAACUUUCGGGGAACUUCCCCCUGCACCAACUGAAAUUGCAUUCAAUCCUCGGGAUAAUAAUAUCAUGGCCAUUGGAAUGCAAGAUUGCACCAUACAGAUUUUCUUUUGUAGACUUAAUGAGGUAAGAGCAAUCUUGAAGUUUCACAAGAAGCGGAUAACUGGUUUAGUUUUCUCGUUCUUUCUUGGUAUACUCGUUUCAGCUAGUGCCGAUGGUCAAAUAUGUGUGUGGAGCAUUGAUCAAUGGGAGAAGAAACAAUCUGUUGCCUUAUGUUUAGGUUCUGAAAAGACACCUGAGGGUGCCACUCAAUUGCAGUUCCACUGCAACCAAGUCCGCUUACUGGUGUUUCAUGAAGCACAACUGGCAGUUUAUGAUGCCUCAAAGAUGAAGCUCCUCCAGCAGUGGCUUCCACACGGUAUGCUUUCUGCUCCCAUACGUCAUGCAGCAUACUCCUUUGACAGUCGACUGGUUUAUACCGCCUUCAGUGAUGGUAACAUCGGAGUAUUUGAUGCCAAUAGCCUAAGACUGAGAUGUCGUAUUGCUCCAUCAGCAUACUUACCGGAAGCAGUCUUGAAGAGGACCGAUGAAUUAUAUCCUCUUGUCAUUGCAGGAAAUCCCCAUGUACAAAACCAGUUUGCUGUUGGGUUGUCUGAUGGUACUGUUAAGGUCAUUGAGCCAUUAUUUGGUGACUGGGGGUCCUCCCCACCUCUUGAUGAUGAAGCUUCAUCAAGUGCCACCAACAGCCACUCGUCCAGACAAGUACAAGUAUGAGAGGAACCUUCAACUUUAUCGCAGGAGUCCUUCAGCUUUACUUCAUUGUCAAGCCAACUAAUAAUUCCGGCCAUAAGAACUAAAUUUCAGGCCAAAAGAGUAGUUACCAGUCUCAGCUCAUAAUAAGUGAACAAUGUCCUGUAUCCGUAUUCAUGUUGUGU